CAAGUCCCAGCCCUGCAGCCCUCUCCGCAGCCUGUUCAGUUCUCUCCAAGCUCCUGUCCCCAAGUCCUUCUGCCAGUCUCUCCGCCCCAGCAGUACAACAUGGCAGAUGACCUCAGCAACCCCUUUGGACAAAUGAGCCUUAGCCGCCAAGGUUCUACUGAAGCAGCUGACCCAUCCUCAGCUCUAUUCCAGCCCGCACUUAUCUCCCAACACCCUCAGCAGACUAGUUUCAUCAUGGCUUCCACGGGACAGCCCCUCCCUACUUCCAACUAUUCCACCUCUAGCCAUGUACCUCCUACUCAGCAAGUCCUGCCACCCCAGGGCUACAUGCAGCCCCCUCAACAGAUCCAGGUUUCUUACUAUCCCCCUGGACAGUAUCCUAAUUCCAACCAGCAAUAUCGACCUCUCUCUCACCCGGUGGCCUACAGCCCCCAACGUGGUCAACAGCUGCCUCAGCCAUCCCAGCAACCUGGUUUACAGCCCAUGAUGCCUAACCAGCAGCAGGCGGCUUACCCAGGCAUGAUUGGGGUCCAGCAGCCCCAGAACCAGGGCCUGCUCAGCAACCAGAGGAGCAGCAUAGGGGGCCAGAUGCAAGGCCUGGUGGUUCAGUACACUCCACUGCCUUCUUACCAAGUCCCAGUGGGCAGUGACUCACAAAAUGUGGUCCAGCCGCCUUUCCAGCAAUCUAUGCUGGUCCCUGCAAGCCAGUCUGUGCAAGGAGGACUCCCAGCUGGGGGUGUUCCAGUAUACUACAGCAUGAUCCCACCAGCUCAGCAGAAUGGUACGAGCCCUUCUGUGGGUUUUCUGCAGCCUCCUGGCUCUGAGCAGUACCAGAUGCCUCAGUCUCCCUCUCCCUGCAGUCCACCACAGAUGCCACAGCAGUACUCAGGAGUGUCACCUUCUGGACCAGGUGUGGUAGUCAUGCAGCUUAAUGUCCCUAAUGGAGCCCAGCCCCCCCAGAACCCAUCCAUGGUCCAGUGGAAUCACUGUAAAUAUUACAGUGUGGACCAGAGGGGUCAGAAGCCUGGAGACCUAUACAGUCCUGACAGUAGCCCCCAGGCCAACACACAAAUGAGCAACAGCCCUGUCACAUCUCCUGCCCAGUCUCCAGCACCCUCUCCUGUCACCAGCCUCAGCAAUGUCUGCACAGGACUCAGUCCCCUACCUGUCCUCACACAGUUCCCCCGGCCUGGGGGUCCAGCACAGGGUGAUGGGCGCUACUCCCUUUUGGGCCAGCCAUUACAGUACAAUCUAUCCAUUUGCCCUCCCUUGCUCCAUGGCCAGUCAACUUACACGAUGCAUCAGGGACAGAGUGGAUUGAAGCAUGGAAACCGGGGCAAGAGACAAGCCCUCAAAUCAGCCUCCACUGACCUGGGGACAGCAGAUGUUGUCCUUGGGCGGGUGCUGGAGGUGACAGAUCUCCCUGAGGGCAUCACCCGUACUGAGGCGGACAAACUCUUCACUCAGCUCUCCAUGUCCGGCGCCAAGAUCCAGUGGCUCAAGGAUGCUCAGGGGCUGCCUGGUGGGGGUGGGGGGGACAACAGUGGGACUGCCGAGAACGGCCGCCACUCUGACCUCGCUGCCUUGUAUACCAUCGUGGCUGUGUUCCCCAGCCCUCUGGCUGCCCAGAAUGCCUCCCUUCGCCUCAACAACUCUGUGAGUCGCUUCAAACUUCGAGUGGCCAAAAAGAACUAUGAUCUGAGGAUCCUGGAGAGAGCCAGUUCCCAAUAAAUGGAGGUGGGGAAGGGACUGGCACAGUAGGGGUGGGGGCAGGAUGGAGGGGGCCAAGGUGGGAUAGACCUGGACAGAAGCAAGAAGUACAGAGACAGAUGCCAGACUGGAGCCUAAGAUAUUAGGGAUUAAGAGUGAAACAGACAGGUUCUCAAAUUGGCACUGGACUCCUUCCCACUCCCCUGCCAUGGAUUCCCUCUUUUUUCCUGGUUCCCCCCACACACAUACACACACUUCCCUCUCCUUCCCAUCCUCUUCUAUCAUUUUUUAUGUCUUCUCCCACCAUGAAAUUAAUUUCUUUCAUAGUUUUUGGUCAGGCAGAAUUGGGAGGGUCCCAUAUUCUCCUCAUCUCCGACUUCCUCACCAUCCCAAGCUCCCUUUCGUUUUUGGUCUUUAUGAAUAUAUUUAUAUGGACAGAAUUAAGAAAAACAAAAUUGAUUUCCCUAUUCUCUCACUUCCCCCAUCUUGUCGCCCCACAGAGUUAAAACUUUGGACUCACCCCCAGAACACUUGUAUAUUGUUUGUUUGAGGUUUGUGCCACAGUAACAGACACAGUAUUUAAUUGCACAUACAGAUGUUUGCUGGGUAUAUUCACUGUAAAUUUUAUUUAAUCUGGUUUUUGUUUGUUUGGGGGGGUUAUUUGGGGAGAGGUUGGUUUUGUUUUUAAAUAUAAAAAAACUUGUCACUGGACAU